GGUGAGGGGCGGGGUCAGCCCGCCGGAAGCACGUCAUACGGAGCUGUGUGAGGGCGGAAGUGGCUCCGGGUAAUAUGAGACAGAGGAGGCCGAGACGUUCAAGAUGGAAUCCUCAGAGGAAGAAUCGUCCUCCACCUCGGCGGAACGUCUCGACACAUUUAAAAGAGAAGAACGACUGAGGAAGUUCAGAGAGCUCCACCUGAAAAGAAAUGAAGCUCGAAAGUUAAAUCAUCAGGAAGUGGUGGAAGAAGACAAACGGCACAAGUUACCAAGUAACUGGGAAGCCCGGAAAGUGCGUCUGGAGUGGGAGCUGAAGGAGGAGGAGAAGAAAAAGGAAUGUGCUGAGAAAGGAGUUGAUUAUCAUCGGGCGAAGUUACUGGAUAUUAGUGCAGAGGAGGCAGACAGAUGGGAGAGGAAGAAGAAGAGAAAGCAUCCAGAUAUGGGCUUUUCAGAUUUUGCAGCCGCCCAUCUCCGGCAAUACCAGAGGCUGACCAGACAGAUCAAACCGGACAUGGAGGAGUAUGAACAGGAACGGGAGAAACGAGGUGAAAACUUCUUCCCUACGUCGGACAGCCUGUACCAUGGAACGCACGUCCCAUCCAAGGACGGAGUAGACAGAAUGGUGACGGACCUGGAGAAACAGAUUGCGAAGCGAGAGAAAUACAGUCGGAGACGCGCUUAUAACGACGACGCCGACAUCGACUACAUCAACGAAAGGAACGCCAAAUUCAACAAGAAAGCGGAGAGGUUUUAUGGGAAAUACACGGCCGAGAUCAAACAGAACUUGGAGAGAGGGACGGCGGUCUAACCUGCUGUCGGGAUUUCUACAUCACCUCCGCUUUGUAAAUAAAGCCACCUGCUUCACCUUUAUCCUGUCA